AUGCCAUUUGAAAUUUUCUUCAAAUUAAGUGUUGUCGCAAGCCUCUCACUCACCACGUCAGCUGUAACCAUUCAAUCUUCUGUCUUACUUGGAAAUGUUACGAGCACAAACACAGAAAAUAUUCGAGAUCUCGGAUUUUCUGGAGUCAUUGGGGAUGUUGCACUGAACAGCUACGGUGAUACUCUGAUUUGCGGUGAUGGCUCAGCCAAAGAUCGCUAUUACCAAACACCGCCUUGCAACUUGCUUCAUGCUAACUCGGCAGCAUAUUCUGACCCAGAUCCAAGAAAUGUCACAGAUUUCAAUCUUGAUGCCAACGGGAAUGCCCAGAUCUUCUGUGGGUAUUCUGAAGCCGAGUUGGCGGCGGCUCCAGAGUCGAGUUACGGCAUGGGAAUCACGAACGUAAUCGCUCAGUCUGGAUCAACCACUCAAGGAAUUCUAUACUUUUUGAAGAACUUCCGCCCCAAUGGCCAAGACCACAUCGUUGGAGGAGGCGCUGCGAUUGUGGACGUCACUGGAUCAUACCCCACAUGCAAUAGAACGUCAGACCAUUGGUGGGAUUGCACAAAAGAGCCUCAAUAUGGCGACCACUCUCAAGUCCUGGCAGACGACGGCUACAUCUAUGUUUACGGCGGAGCCAAUGCCACCAUCUUUUAUGAUGGUGUCUACCUCACCCGCGUUCCUCACGAUAGUCAGCAAGACUUCAGCCAAUAUGAAUAUUGGAAUGGAACCCAAUUCACCAUGGACAGGAUAUAUUACCCAAAUGAGACUCAAGCAGUACUGGGCAAUGGCGCGACUCAAGGGAUGAUCACUUGGAAUUCCUACCUCCAGAGCUACCUCUAUGUCUAUACUUAUGGAGCUGAAGUUCGAGGCAAGACUUCUCCGAAGCCUGAGGGUCCUUGGGGAUCAAUGGAUGAAUAUUUCUCUAUGUUCAAUGCUACUGAAUUUGCGUUCUGCUACAGCCCGUCACAGCAGACCAGAUACGACACUUCUGGCAAGACUCUCGUCAUUUCAUACACAGGAUACCCGAACAUUAUUCAGGCGAUCAAAGUCGAAUUUGAACGAAGUCACGAGAGAUCUUUUGACAAUGAGAGUCUUUCGUUUUAUGCUCAUCUACUUAGCACUGAGCGUGACAAGUUCCAUAGCUAG